CCGACCCCCGCCUCCCUCUUCCUCCUCCUCCUCCUCGAACUCAUCAAAGCCUUCUCCCCGAAAUCCCGAUCGAUCGAUCCGUCUACCGCUAUAAAUUCGUCAUCUCCUCCUCCUCCUCCUGAUCCCAGCGACCUGCACGCAUCGGCUUGCAUCAGCAUUUCUUGGAUCUUGUUGUGGCUGGCUGAUUGAUUGAUUGGUUCAUUGGUUGGCUGCUCGUGAUCUUUGAAUCCGAAUCUCUCUCUGUGUGUGUUGGAGAGCUUUGGUGGUGUUGGUUUUCUUGGUCGGCGACGAUGGUGGCGGCGGCGGCGGAGCAGGUAGUGGCGGGGCUGAGGGAGGAGUGCGCGACGCCGGCGGGGCGGCUGGAUGAGGUGGCGGCGGCCAUGGCCGAGGAGAUGGCGGCGGGGUUGGCGGAGGAGGGCGGCAGCAAGGUCAAGAUGAUUGUCUCCUACGUCGACAGCCUCCCCAAUGGGAGCGAAGAGGGCUUGUUCUACGCACUUGAUCUUGGAGGAACAAACUUCCGCGUCCUGCGUGUGCAGCUCGCUGGGAAGGAGAAGCGAGUCGUCAAGCGCGAAUCAAGGGAGGUCUCCAUCCCUCGUCAUCUCAUGUCCGGCAAUUCCUCGGAGCUGUUUGGUUUCAUUGCUUUGGCGUUAGCCAAGUUUGUUCAUGACGAAGGUCACAAUACCCUAUUUGACAACAAGCAAAGGGAACUAGGGUUCACCUUCUCUUUCCCAGUGAGGCAGACAUCAAUUGCGUCAGGGACUCUUAUCAAGUGGACCAAGGCGUUCUCUAUUGAUGAUGCUGUAGGUGAAGAUGUGGUGGCCGAAUUGCAGAUGGCCAUGGAGAAGCAAGGUCUGGACAUGCGUGUUUCCGCAUUGAUCAAUGACACCGUUGGGACAUUGGCGGCAGGAAGCUACUAUGAUGAAGAUGUUGUUGUUGGUGUGAUCUUAGGGACUGGCUCAAACGCCGCAUAUCUUGAGAAGGCAAGUGCCAUCCCCAAGUUGGAAGGCGAGUUGCCAAAAUCAGGAAACAUGGUUAUUAACACAGAAUGGGGUAACUUCUCAUCACCCUGUCUGCCAUUGACAGAAUAUGAUGAAGCACUAGAUAAAGAGAGCUUAAACCCUGGAGAGCAGAUCUUUGAGAAAUUGAUUUCCGGAAUGUACCUAGGUGAAAUUGUAAGGAGGGUGCUUCUUAAAAUAUCCUUGCAGUCUUCAAUUUUUGGCAAUGUCGAUCAGACCAAGCUCAAAAGUCACUUUAUUCUGAGGACUCCUGAUAUUUCUGCAAUGCAUCAUGAUCAAACACCUGAUCUGAAGAUUGUGGCUGAAAAACUUGCAGAUAACCUGAAGAUCAUAGACACGUCCUUAGAAACAAGGAAGAUGGUUGUUGAAAUCUGCGACAUCGUCACCAGAAGAUCUGCCCGUCUGGCUGCUGCAGGGAUUGUAGGGAUCCUCAGGAAGAUUGGGAGAGGCAACCCUAACGACAAGCGAAAGUCGGUUAUCGCCAUCGACGGCGGCCUGUAUGAACAUUACACAGAAUUCCGGCAGUGCCUGGAGAGCACGCUGACAGAGUUGAUCGGAGAAGAGGCGUCCAGGUCGGUGACUGUCAAGCUUGCAAACGACGGGUCAGGCCUUGGAGCUGCACUGAUCGCAGCUGCUCACUCUCAGUACCUGAAAUGAUCCCUACAAUUCAGAGUUCCAACUUUUCUCAGUGAUUCUUGCUGUUGUUGGACUGCAGUAAAGUUAUGUAUGUUUCGAUGGAGUUUGAUGGGACUCCACAAACAAAAUUUCCAAUGAAAUAGUAGAAGCCAAAUGUGUUGGUUUUUGUUGC